AAAACCCAACUGAUCAAAACAAACGAAGAGAAGCAAAAUUGGCAGAGCAAUGGGAACAAUAACUGCACCAGUGCCAUGGAAGCAGCUUCUUCUCGGUGCCUUGGAAUCCAAUGCCCACCUCAGGCACUCUUCCUACUUUCAGCUCGCAACAAUCGGUUCCAAGGGCAGACCUUCAAAUCGGACUGUGGUUUUCAGGGGGUUUCAAGAGGACAGUGAUAGGAUUCAGAUAAACACUGAUUGCAGAAAUUGUAAGAUUGAGGAGCUAAAGCAUUGUCCUUUUGCUGAGAUAUGUUGGUACUUCACCGACUCUUGGCAGCAAUUUCGGAUCAAUGGAACAGUUGACAUCAUUGAUGGAUCCAAUCCUGAUCAAUAAAAGCUGCAGCAAACAGAAAGAUCUUGGUUUGCCAGUUCUUUGAGAUCAAGACUGCAGAAUUUGGGACCCAGUCCAGGUCUUCCUAACUUAAGUGAACAGCCAUCAAAUGAAGUCCCUCUCAAUCCUUCUACAGGCCCAGUUGGGGCAUUCUGUUUGCUUGUUCUAGAUCCACAGCAGGUUGAUUACUUGAAUCUGAAGAGUAACCAGAGGCUGUCAUUGACAUCCGCUUUAAGUCCCAAUGGAGAAAAGAGUUGGACUUCAGAAAGGGUUAAUCCUUAAGAUCCUAGUAUCAUGAUAGAAGUUGCUUGUGAUUGCUUUAAUAGCAUUAAUAUUUACCCAAUGAAUUGUGCAAGUGUUAUGAUU